AUGAACACUGAAAUACAGGCUUUGGAAGACAACCAAACUUUUGCAGUUGUCCCUUUGCCUGAAUGGAAAAGAGCCAUUCGUUGUAAAUGGUUCUACAAGAUCAAGUAUAAAUCUACCGGUGAAAUGGAAAGGUUCAAAGCCCAACUUGUGCCCAAAGGUUACAACCAGCAAGAAGGUCUUGACUAUCAGGAAACUUUCUCUCCUAUGGUGAAGAUGGUAACUGUUCGGGCAGUCAUUCUCACUGUUGUUGUCAAACAAUGGGACAUUCAUCAAAUGGAUAUUUACAAUGCCUUCCUGCAGGGCGAUCUCCAUGAAGAGGUCUAUAUGACCUUGCCGCAAGGAUUUAGUAGUGCUCAAGAUCUUGGAAAAAUACUUCUUCUUCCUAGCUUUGGAGGGCUACCUCAAUGGGCUGUUGUUGGUGAUACGUUCCCAUUAGGUUGUGCUUUUGAUGAAUCAAUUGUUCACCACAAGUACUUUAAGGAAAAUCCAGACACAAACAACCCUCUUAACAACACCAAGAAUGGUGUAUACAAAGAAGGAUGUGGACUUGACAACGUUGUUAUGUCAUGGGGACAUGAUGAUUAUAUGUAUUUGGUCGCAAAGGAAAAUGGAACUACUCUUCCUUCUGCUGCUUUGUUUGUCAUUCGUUACCACUCUUUCUAUGCGUUACAUAGGGCAGGAGUAUACACACACUUGAUGAAUGAGGAAGACAGAGAGAACAUGAAGUGGCUUAAGAUUUUCAACAAAUACGAUUUGUACAGCAAGAGCAAAGUUAGAAUUGAUGUAGAAAAGGUCAAGCCAUACUACAUCUCCCUCAUUGAAAAGUAUUUUCCAGCAAGGCUCAGAUGGUGACUGUUUUAGUUGUAAUGAGAGAGUUAUGGAUUCCAGGUGGCGGAUUAGGUGUAUAAAAAUGAGUAAAAUAUUCAAACAUAGGCCAGAAAUUCACCACUGCUGUUACUAAAAUUGUUUAUGCUUUGGCCAUGUAUUUUUCUGUUUCUGUUUCUGAAAAUGUAUUUCUUUAUUUAAUUCUUUAAUAAAUGAAAUCUUCAUAAAUGCAUUGGAUAUA